CGGACGGAGAGCGGCGUUUUCUUCUCGAUCGGACCGGCAGUCAUCGAGAAUGUCUCUGUGCGAGUGGUACGCGAACCGCGCGGUGCUCCUCAUAGGAGCCACCAGCGAAUUGGGAUGCGCGCUGUUGGAAAAGAUCCUGCGGAGUUUGCCAAACGUCACGGUGUACGUUCUUCUCAGAUCACAAAAUGGCCUUAGCAAGGAGGAUCGACUGAAGAAGAUAUUUGCGUCGCCCGGGUACGAACGACUGAAGCAGGAGGUGCCGGGCGCGAUCUCGCGCGUGAAAACGGUCGAGGGCAAUCUGCUUUACGAGGAUCUCCGCCUAAAUGAUGAAGAGAAAGCCUUGUUGAGAGAGGUCAGUGUGGUGUUCCACGCCGGUGGACCUCAUGAGAGCGUUCUGGAAUAUUGUCAGGAUCUGCCAAAGCUCAAGUGUCUCGCUAUGGCGUCCAGCAUCUUUAAACAUCGCGGCCAGAUAAACGAAAAACUGCAGUCUGACGUGAUGCCCGAUUUGCCAAUUGCACUGAUACGUUUCGCUCUCAUUGGACCACCGCACGAGGAACCCAUGCCCGGCUUCGUCGAGAUCCUAAAAGGACCCACGGCUCUCAUGGUAGGCGCCGGAUUCGCUUAUGGCAAAUCGGAACUACAAGCUGAAGUUAUUCCAAGAGACAUAGCAGUAAAUACGAUGAUCGCGGCUGCGUGGGAAGUCGGCACAUCCAACGUUGCGAAGCCUGUGGUCUACAACGCGACGACGUUGGGCUGCACGUGGGGAGAUCUGAUUAAAAAGAGCCGACGAGCCAGCUGGGCUUUCCCCUAUCCGACUUUCGGUAUCCGCGGAAUGACGUCCAUCGAGCCACUGCACUGGAUUUUGGUCCUGCUCCUCGAAUGGCUGCCAUCUAUACUCUGCGACACCGUCCUUUUUCUCUGCGGCAGAAAGCAGAGGUUUCUCGCGGAGUACGACAGAGUUCGUAAUGCACUUCAAUCUCUGAAGUCAAUUUCAUCGAGACCGUGGUCAGCGGAGAGGAAUCGCGUGUACCGGCUGCAGGAACGCCUCGCCUCAACGAAGGAGCACAACGCGUUUCCGGUCACCGCGAAGAUCGACAUCGAAGCUUACGUUCUCUGCGCCGCGGCUGCCAGCCGGAAGUACUGCGUCAAAGAGGACAAUUUCACAUUCGUGAACGUCACUCGUUUGUUCUUUCUGUUUAUGCCACCGAUACUGGUAGUCGCGUACAUUUUAUUCUUCAGUUUUCACACAAAUAAAAUUAGAUAAGGUAAGAUCUUUUUUUUUUUUCUAAGUUUUUACGGUAAGUUUCGCGUGAAAUUUUUUUUUCGAGAAUCGAAACUUCAGAGGACAUGGUAGUUGUAUCUGGAACGACCUGAUAAUCAAAUAAACUUUUAAGAUAAAUAACUUGUAAACAUGAUCUAUGUUACACUCUACAAUUGCAUUGAACCUGAGAUCGAGCUUGUUGAAUCUUGUUUUCUAUCGUGCUUUUGCUCUGUGCAGCUCCGUUCAAUCCGAUUAAGAGCGUGUCAAUAGUACAAUAUUAAUGAUACGAGUGCUCCAUUAUAAAUCAUCUUAACGCGAGGUCUUUUCCAGUAUAAGAAAGUCGACAAUAUCUCGACCGUUCGUGAGAGAUCGAUUUGGAAGGCAGGCCGGGAAUUGUACGUACAGCGUUUUGCAAAUAUUCGCGAGAGAGCCGUACGAGGAGAGUCUACAUAAGAAAAUGCCGUGUGAGUGAAAGUUUCCAUACGAACAUCAUCCGAACUCGUCCCGCGCGCGCGCGCGCCGAUAUCAACGAAGGCGCGUAUUUCCGGCAUGUUCUCUCCCUUAUGCAACAUCACUGUGCUGACUUGUGCUCAUUCGACCUAUUGAAGAAGAUGCAACGAAAGCGCGGAAUAUUAUUCGCAGAUUUUGUAUGUUUUCUCUUGAGAAUGGAAAGGAAUACGCGAGAAUCUCGGAGCGGAGUCUGUCACGCGCACAGAAAUUUUGCUCUCGACACCAGACACACGAGAACUCAACUCGCGAAAAUCGCAUUUUGAUACUUAUUUUUACAGAAGUGACGGAACACACACUUGUCAAAAUUUAUUUCCUUCUCGCUGUUUAUGCGUGUAUUUUCGAUAUAUGAUAGUUGUAUAAUGACAAAUUUAGCGCGAACGGUAUGUAAUAUAAGUUAUAUGUACAUGUAUGUAUUCUUCCAGAAUGUGUAAUAUAUAAAUAAAAUUAUGAUUAAGCAAAAUAUGUGUAAAAGAUAUAAUUGAAAAAAAUUUACAUCUUGUACGAAUAUACGUAUCUGAUAAAAAGUUUGUGUCUGUGUGUU